AUGGGAGUCAUCACAGACCUCCAGCAUACUGCCAACGAGCUACGGGCUCAGCUGCUGAAGAUAGCACAGACUGUUGAGAGCUGCAUCUUUGUAUCAUGUACCUUGGAAGAUGCAGACAAGAUCGCACGAUCGAACUGUGCCCGAGGGAAGAAACUGCGUAAGCGCGAUGAUACCAACUCCACAAUCUACCCUGGUUUGACUACCGACUCUUCUGUCGGAGGACUUGUCUUGAUUGAUGCCAAUGGAACCAACUGGUACUCCCCUCAAGUUCCAGUUUUCCCUGGCAUCUCCCCUGCCGAGUUACAGAGAAAGAAGCGCGACGCAUCAGUUGCCAUUCCAGCUGGCCUCGCCAAGUACCAGUCCGCUGUCAUCUCUGCGGCAUGCUCCAUGCAAGCAAAACCGGUGUCAUCGACAUCGACCCUUACCCAAUCUGCUACGGUGACCGGAGCCGCCACGACUACGGUCGUGUCUGCAGUCGCAACCGUGACCAAGGCCGCCAAAACGUAUGAUCCAUCUGAGUUUGCCGUUAUCAGCAUCCAGGGCGGUACUUUCAGCUCCGAUGGCACUGGAUACUCCGAUUUUCUUAGUGACCCUUCCGCUCUUUUUGUCAACGUCCGCAAUUCCAAGACCUAUGGUGCAAGUUCAAACAAAGCGAACAUUGCAGUGGAUCCCAAUACCGGAUACCUAGUUGACGUUUCCCGCAACCGCGUCGCUACCAUCUAUGGGUAUAACGCAAAAGAUGGCGCUGCUACUAUAAUUUUCUUCCACCCCGAAGAUAUCCCCGGCUCCUAUAAACCUUUGAUCUGCACUCCCCCGCCUCAGGCUGGUGGUGCAUACACGUUGAGCUGUUCAGUGACCCAAUCCAACGGCCUGGUCCUCUCGAAUUUCAUCGGUCCACACAACUUUUUCGAUGGAUAUUCAUUUCUGUCGAUGACUGCAGCGGCUGACUUGGACGGGACUAGUUUCAGCACGGACUAUGGCAAAGCUUCCAUCACCAUCAUCAACCGAUGA